GACAAAAGCAGAACCAUCCAAAUAGACGCUUUUCAUGUAUUCAAGCUAUUCGUUGCUAAUCAAAACAAGCCAACAGAGAUUGGAACAAUUCUCAUGACGAACAAAAGCAAAAUUCUUCGGCUUUUGGGUGCAUUAACAUUAGAUAAAGAUGAUGAACAGUUUGAAGCAGAUAAGACCGAGGUUAUGAGAGAAAUAGCAGCACUGUCACUGUAACUAUAUCCAUAAGUUCAUUCAGCUCUUGCAUGAUUUCAUUAUUAUUAUUAUUUAUUAUUAUUAUUAUUAUUUUGUGAUGCCUUUCAUUGCUCAAUUAUCAUGAAAGGUUUGAUAUGUUGAAGAAUUUUAUGCGUUCUAAGUUUUG